AUGAACAUAGAUCACAAUUACAAAAAAAUAUACAUUUAUUUCUGGAGCUUUGGUCUAAUUAACAAUGUUUUGUAUGUGGUAAUUUUAGUUGCUGCUAUUGAUAUUGUUAAGAUAAGAUUACCCAAGUCGAUAGUCCUCUUAGCCGACAUUUUACCAUCAUUUAUAAUCAAAAUUGCUUCUCCCUUUUUUAUAGACAGAAUUAAAUACUCAAAUAGGAUAUGGUGUUUGAUUCUAUUAAGUUGUAUUGGAAUGUAUUUGGUGUCCCAGAAAUCUGUUCUAGUAUCUCUUUUAGGAAUCUGCUUGACUUCUCUUUCGUCAGGUUUUGGAGAGACUACAUUUCUACAAUUAACGCAUUACUAUAGGCACACCAGUCUGAAUGGAUGGUCAUCUGGAACAGGUGCAGCAGGACUGGUGGGCAGUAGUGUAUAUAUGCUGUUAACUUCAAUAUUAAAGUUUUCACCCAGGCAAACACUGUUGCUGUUUAGCAUAAUGCCAUUCGCAUUCCUACUGUAUUUUAAACUAGAUGAUAGAAACUAUACAUUGGCAGAUAGUACUAAUGAUAAUAUAAAUAUAGAAAGUACAAAUGAAAUUCUUUUAUUAGAUGAAGAAGAAAAUGAACGCUGUGAUACUGGGCAUCCUUCGCUUUUACUAGAUCCACCUGAUUUGCAAUUUAGGUUAGAUUGUCUUAAAUUGGAGUUUUUAAGAACAGUUGAGAAACUGAAACCAUUAUUUGUGCCAUAUAUGUUACCAUUAUCCAUAGUCUAUCUAUUUGAAUAUUUGAUAAAUCAAGCUGUGUCACCGACGUUACUUUUUCCAAUCAAUGAAACAGAGAACUUACAUUUCUAUCAUUCUUAUAGAGACCUAUAUGUAUUGUAUGGAACGUUGUAUCAAUGUGGUGUAUUUAUUUCUAGAUCGACAGCUAGUUACUUUAGAUUUAAAAAGUUAUUUUUGUUAUCAUACUUACAAGGAUUCAACUUCCUUUUAGCUAUAAUACAAUCAUGGUACUUUAUAAUUAAAACCCCAUGGAUAUUGAUGAUUUUGAUUUUAUAUGAAGGUUUAAUAGGAGGCUCAUCCUAUGUUAAUACGUUUAUGAAUAUUUUGGAAGAUGUUGAACCUCAGAAAAUUGAAUUUAGUUUAGGUGCUACUUCCAUAGCUGAUUCAUCCGGUAUAUUUUUUGCAGCAUUGAUUGGAUUAAUGUUGGAACCUGAACUUUGCAGGCAUCAAGUUAAUGAUGGAAGGCCCUGGUGUCAAUUGGAGUAA